UUUCAACUUCUUCUUUCAAAUGCCAAAAGCUUCUUCUUGUCUUUCCCUGCCUUUCACCAGUAUACACAGUGGCAGCCCAAGGCAGUCAAAGGAGAUCAAUUGAUCUUCCUUGAUUUCAAAAAAAAAAAAAAGGCAUAGUUUGAUAUAUUUAGAACAUCAAUAUAACAUCCGAAAAUAAAUUGGCUUUCUUAAAUUUAAUCAUUUCUUAAUUGUUUCCUUGUAAUUUAUUUUUAAAUCUGUUACAGAAUAUAUAAGACUGAAAUUAGAUUCUCCGGUCACCGGCCAUGAUGACCGACACUUUCUUAUCAAUGCAGUGAUCACAGAGCCCAAUUAUGCCCAGUUCAUCAUUAUUACAGGCUGAAUCCAAUUGGACCCAAUUGCUCACCUUUCUUCUGUCUAGAACGCUCCACAGUUGUCCACGUAUUCCCACCCCUUCGCACCUUCUCUCCACAACGCUAAUCUUCUCGCAGCACGUGUCACUCCAUAUCCCCCUUAUAAGAAAAACAAUCUCAUUAUUCGUCCAACGUGUCUGAAUUUGUAAGAAAUGGCCAGUGAUGAGUUCAGAUUGGUGUCUUCUCAAGUAAAUAAUGAAGGAAGGUUGCCAAGAAAGUACACAGGAGACGGACAAGGGGCAAAGAAGAAUAUAUCGCCACCUCUAGAAUGGUACAACAUGCCACAAGGAACCAAGAGCCUGGCUCUGGUGGUAGAGGACGUGGAUGCGCCGGAUCCAUGUGGGCCAAUUGUACCGUGGACCCACUGGGUUGUGGUGAACAUACCACCAACUUUGAACCGUCUUCCUGAAGGGUUCUCCGGGAAAGAAGAGGAGGUGGGUGGCGACUAUGCCGGGAUCAAAGAAGGUAACAAUGAUUGGAAGGUUCCUGGGUGGUGCGGACCCUCGUUGCAGAACCAUGGCCACCGGUUAGAGUUCAAGCUGUACGCUUUGGAUGAUGAGAUUAAACUUGGUAACAAUGUGACGAAGGAGAAGCUGCCGGAUGCAAUUGAAGGGCAUGUGUUGGGAGAAGCAGUCUUGACGGCCAACUUCUGAAUAUUAUUGUAAUCUUUUCAAUAUGUGGCCUGAUAUGAUAAGCAACUCCUUUUACUAAAAUUGGCCUUUGCCUAUUUAAUCUUCCA